AUGAGUUCCAGCAACACCAACCCUUCCUCGUCCUCCCACCGGGGGGCCAACGCCAGAGAGCUUCUACGCACAAACACCCCCGUCGCCACCACGGCAUACACCAAUCCACCACAAAAGAUCUUUGACGCGAGGAGCCUCGCCGGGAGCAGAUACGAAUCAAGCGACUCGGGAGAUUCAAGCGACUCAUGCGGCAGCGCUGCUGAGACACCAACGCCGUUCAACACACCACACCGGCCUCCAGCAUCGCUGGGGGCGGCGGAACAACCUCCCCGAUGCCCCAGCCGACCGAGGGGCAUGGUCCUAAAGGAAUGGGCCAUGACAAGGAUCCCGGACAAGGAAAUCCUAGAUAUCCUCACCAAGAACGUCAGGAUCGGGGCUCGGACAAUCUCCAUCUUCGAGGCUGCUCAGCCUCGCCUCGGCACUUCCGCCUCUCAGCAGCCGCCCUAUGAUCUAGCGGUGGCACUCCACAACUCCCUGAGUGAAUCAAAGCUCUCUAUUGAGCAAAAGAGAAAUCUCUUCAUCAGCCUGGAUUGGAAGUUUGAGUGCCUUGCAUGCAAAGAGGUCAAGAAGCCUGACGCUUUCGACACAGGGUUUCAUCUUUGGGGCCCUAAAAGAGACGGGCCGAAACCCUGGCUGAGGAGCGGACCAUGUCGGAACUGCGUCAGUAAUAUGAGGACGUCUGCUAAGCCAGAAGUGCUCGUCAAUUUUGAUGUUUGUCUUCCUCCGGAAUGUGCUAACAGGAGGCGAUCGGCUUCUGAGCAGAAUACUUAG